AUGAAUCUUAUAGAAGAGUUCAAAAGCUCAGCAAAUAAGCUAAAGAAAUCACAGAGAGUUGUUUUCAAGAAGCACGACACUAACGAUUUCAAUCAGUUCAACCAACUUUCAUUAAAAUUUGACAAAACAUUAAGUUUACCAAAUUAUGGAGGUCUAUGUUUACUUAUAAUGGUUGCCAAAUGUUGUUCAAGUGAUAUUGAAGCACAAAGUGCUUUACUAAGGGGAGCUAGGAUGUUUCGAAGAUCCAGUGGAAGAAAAAACAUGCUUGGAUUUAUGAAUGAUAAUUCAAGUGUUGAGGGAGCGUAUAGAUGUUAUUCACAGGCACUGUAUUCUGAGAAAGAUCCAGUAAUGAAAGCAUGCAUCAUUAGAGAAUUCAAUGAAAUUAAUAAAAAUUUGAGCAUCACCAGCGAAUUUAGUUCUCAUACUCACAGAAUUUAUGAACUAGAAAAAGCAAGUAAUGAAAAUAUUUGCUCAAAUGAUUACAUAUUGGCGUUAGAAAAACUUACAGAAAUAAUUGAAGACUUUGCCGAGAGAAAAUGUGAAAAUUUAUACUCAGAUGUUUUAAUUAGAGUAGAAUUUAGUCGACUAUUGCUACUGCUCAUUUUGGAAUUACCAACAAACCAUCAGUCCCCAUCUCAUGUGAAAAUUGUGGAAAAAUUUUUGUGGAGCACAGAAAAUUUUAGUUCUGAGAGCAUUUUAAACAAUUCUCGCUUGUCUAAAUGUUGGAAAAGUGAUUUAAUUUUACUCUUUGAAAUGCUAGUCCAUUUAUGUAAAACCCGGCAAUAUGAGUCGAUAAAAGAUAUUUGCGACAUGAUUUCAAGUCACCAUUUAAUCACACCAGAACAAAAUAUGCUUUUGACAAACCUAAUUAAGCUAUAUUGUACAUAA